ACAAUUCCACGACCAAACGGAACAGAAUCUGAAUGAUGAGCUGGAGAAUUCAAUAUCACGCCGCCAAUCACAAAUACGUAUCUCUGGCAGUAUGAGCGACCGCUUUGAGGGCAGUACAACCGACACAAAUGCAACUGACGGCGCCUCCCUAGAUAUCACUGAUCGAGUAAAGCAAUUAAGCAAGUUUAUAAACAAACAUAAAAUGAAUAUCGGGUCACAUCCGUUCCUGCUGGGCCUGCAUGAGUGCCUGUCCAAACAGAGGGGUAAGCUGGUGCUGCUGCGGUGGAGGUUUGAAGAUGCGGUGCUUACACAGGCCGGCGUUCCGUUUAUGAACGACGCCGUCGAACUUCUUCUUGAG